AUUGCUUUCUAUAAUUUAAUUCGAUUUUGAAACCAUAUUUUGCGAUUUUGAUUUCGAAAUUAGGGUUUUCCCAAUUAUUUGUUUGAGUAUUUUUAGUAUCGAUCAAGUUUAAAAUUAGGGAUUUUGCUAUUUUUGUUUGAUUAAUGUGUGUUUUCUCUUUGUUUUUAAUCAGAUCAAUAUUUUGUGUUGUUUAUUUGUUACAUGGGAUUUAUGAUAUGUAAGUAUGUAUCCUAAGCUUAAGGUUUUCUUACUAUGUUUAUAUAUACUUUAUAGAUUAUUUUAUUUACUUUUGAGAUUGUUUGGUUUACAUAUGAGUAAUUUUUUAUUAGUGUGAAGUUUUAUAUAGACUAGCCUACAAGCUCAAUUUUUCAUGUUGCCUUACUUUGCAUGACUUAUUUUCUCUAUACAAUUGGUAAUACUUAAAUAGAUUGAUAACGCUAUUCUGUUCAAAUUCAGAAUAUUUUGGUUUACCUAAUCUUUACUUUGCAUUUAUUUUCUUGUAUAAUUCUUCUUUAUAUAAAUGCAGUUAGGGGUUAGCAAAGAAAAGGUGAUGACCAUUACACAAGUUGUUCAAAGAUAUGGAAAUCUUAGUGGUUUCGCUUCAGCUGAGCUUCUGACUAUAAGGGAGGGUCUCCUUACUUCCUGGGACAGAGAAAUCAAGUUCUUGGAACUAGAAACAGUUGUGGAGGCUUUAGGAAAAAUGUUGAACAAUCCUAACUCCUUUAGAGACCAUGGUCUGGGAAACAUUAUAAGGGAUGUGGCUGAGUUAUUGCAGAGAAACUGGUCAGUGACUGUUUUACAUGCUAGCAGAACAAUUAACUUCGUGGCUCACAGACUAGCACCUAUUGGAAGGACUAAAGUUCAACUUGGUGAAAGGGUGCUAUUCCACUCUCCCCCUGCUGAGAUCUUUGACACUUAUGCUGCUGAAACACCAACGAUUCCUAUGGCUUAAUCCUGAUGAUGACGUCUGCUCAACACCUUUUGCUCAUCUUGUCUUUCUCUGCAGGUCUUUUGUUGGCAUUAUGUUGGCUUUAAUUUUUUGUUGCUUAGUUUAUUUUAUGUCUUUCCUAAGUAGUAGGAUGCUGGUUUUUUGAAUCUCAUUGAACAAUCUUUUGUUUAGGUUGGUUGUUGUCACCAUGAUGUAAUAUAUAAUCUAUUUCCCUUUAGCGUUAAAAAAAAAAAAAAAAAAAAAAAAAAAAAAA